GUGGCACGAGCAGGGAGAGAGAGAGAGAGAGAGAGGAGAGCGGACAGGGAGCCCGCUGCUGCCACCUCAACAUGGAGUAGAGAGAUCCCCGCAUUUACUGCUAAGAAGCGGAUCCCACAGAGAGGAAUACGCGGCGGCCUCUAUUUGAUUUAUCCGCCAGAGUCAUUGCCAAUGAUACAGCAGCAAUUCUCUUUUGUAAACGCAAAGGAAAGCUCUGCUUUUAUUUGAAAGAUGGCGAACGACUCUCCGGCUAAAAGUCUAGUAGACAUAGACUUGGCUUCAUUGCGGGAUCCAGCUGGGAUAUUUGAAUUGGUGGAGGUAGUUGGAAAUGGCACCUAUGGACAAGUAUACAAGGGACGACACGUCAAGACUGGACAGCUGGCUGCCAUCAAAGUCAUGGACGUCACAGAGGAUGAAGAGGAGGAAAUUAAACUGGAGAUCAAUAUGCUGAAAAAGUAUUCCCACCACCGAAACAUAGCCACCUACUAUGGUGCUUUCAUUAAGAAGAGCCCCCCAGGACACGAUGACCAGCUAUGGUUGGUGAUGGAGUUCUGUGGAGCUGGUUCGAUCACAGACCUGGUGAAGAACACCAAGGGGAACCAGCUGAAGGAAGACUGGAUCGCUUACAUCUCCAGAGAGAUCCUUAGGGGUCUGGCCCACCUUCAUGCCCACCAUGUCAUCCACCGUGACAUCAAGGGCCAGAACGUCCUGUUGACGGAGAAUGCCGAAGUCAAACUAGUUGACUUUGGCGUGAGUGCUCAGCUGGAUCGGACAGUGGGGAGGAGGAACACCUUCAUCGGGACCCCUUAUUGGAUGGCCCCUGAGGUCAUUGCUUGUGACGAGAAUCCCGACGCUACAUACGAUUACAGAAGUGAUCUGUGGUCUUGUGGUAUCACAGCUAUUGAAAUGGCUGAAGGAGCACCACCACUUUGUGACAUGCAUCCAAUGCGUGCGCUCUUCCUUAUUCCAAGAAACCCUCCUCCCAGGCUCAAGUCUAAAAAAUGGUCCAAAAAGUUUUUUAGUUUUAUUGAGGGCUGUCUGGUGAAGAACUACACGCAGCGCCCCCCGACAGAGCAGCUACUGAAGCACCCGUUCAUCCGAGACCAGCCCAACGAGAGGCAAGUCCGCAUUCAGCUCAAAGACCACAUCGACCGCACCAAGAAGAAGAGGGGAGAGAAAGAUGAGACGGAGUAUGAGUACAGUGGCAGCGAGGAGGAGGAAGAGGAUCCCCCAGAGCAGGAGGGAGAGCCCAGCUCCAUUGUCAAUGUGCCAGGUGAGUCAACGCUGCGCCGCGACUUCAUCCGCCUGCAGCAGGAGAACAAGGAGCGAUCAGAGGCGCUCCGCCGUCAGCAGCUCCUCCAGGAGCAGCAGCUCCGGGAGCAGGAGGAGUACAAGCGCCAACUACUGGCCGAGAGGCAGAAACGCAUUGAGCAACAGAAGGAGCAGAGGAGGCGGCUGGAGGAGCAACAGCGGCGUGAACGGGAGAUGAGGAGGCAACAGGAGCGCGAGCAGCGUCGCCGCGAGCAAGAGGACAAGAGGCGCAUCGAAGAGAUGGAUCGUAGACGUAAAGAAGAAGAGGAACGCCGGCGGGCUGAUGAUGAGAAAAGAAGGAACGAUCGUGAACAGGAGUACAUCAGGCGUCAGCUGGAGGAGGAGCAGAGACACCUGGAGAUGCUGCAGGAGCAGCUGCUCCGUGAACAGGCCAUGCUGCUGGAGUUCAAGUGGCGGGAGCUCGAGGAGCAACGCAAGGCCGAGCGACUCCAUAAGCGCCUGCAGCAGGAGCAGGCCUACUUGCUGUCGCUCCAGCACGAAUCCAAACAGUCGCCUGGCGACAAGACCAAACUCCCUUCAGACCAUAGCAAACCAACUCCACAGACUUCCUCCCUGCCCCCUGACAGAGUCCUCAACACAACCCCUCAAGCUCAGGUCCUUGACACUACUGUUUCUGUAGCAACAUGCUCAUAUGAUUCCUCCAGAGCACUUAAGACAAUCCCCUCAGACAGCCCUAAGUCCCAUGCAGCAGUGCCAGAGAAGACUGACUCUGACGAGACAUGUCCCAGCCAGCUCUCCAACUCCCUCAGCCCUCCUCAUACUGAAACCCCCACUGACUCUGAGCCUCGCCAGGCAGAAAGUUUGGAGCCCGAUAGGCAUGCAGAGCCUGUCAGUCAUCUUCCUCAGCCUAUCAGCGAGGCCGACGAGCGAUACCGUAAGAACAUUCAGGGCUCCCCUCAGAUUGCCCCUCCUCCCAAGCAGCCCCCUCUUCCUCCCCGCUCCUCUGAACCGUUCUCCAAUGGCAGCUCCUCCGAGGCCUCCGCCAUGCACCGGCCCAUGGAGCCUCAGGUCCAGUGGUCCCACCUGGCUGCUCUAAAAAGCAGCAACAGCGCUGCCCCCUCUCCUCCUCCUCCUCCUCCUCCGCCCGUGGUCUCUCGCUCCCAGUCCUUCAGUGAGCCCGGCGGCGUGACCUCUAGCUUUGCACAACUACACCUGCGUUCCCAGGACCCCCAUCAUCACCACCACCACCCAUCGCCCGCACGCACUGACCCCCAGCCCCAAGCUCCCCUCCACCACCCUCAGGCCCAUACUAGGGCCGAACACCAGGCCAGCAGCGAGGAAGUACCUCCCAAGGUACCAGUAAGGACAACAUCCAGGUCUCCGGUACUGUCGCGCCGAGAGUCCCCUCUGCCGUCGCAGCCCGGCAACCAGGGCGGACAGAGGAAUGCUGGCGGUAACGUGGAGCAGCGGCCGCUGUGGGACCGAGUGGAGAAGCUGCAGCCUCGACCAGGCAGCGGCAGCUCCUCCGGCUCCUCCAACUCCAGCUCCCAGGCCAGUCCCGGUGACCGCUUUAGGCCACGCUGUGAGUCCCCUGCUUCCUCCAAAUCUGAAGGAUCGCCUCUCCAGCGGCCUGAAAAUGUUCCCAAAAAACCAGAUGAAAAGAACCUUGCCAGGCCCACUCGACCAGCUGGUGAUGCGGAUCUGACAGCUCUGGCCAAGGAGCUUCGUGCGGUAGAGGAUGUGAGGCCUCCCCAUAAGGUCACCGACUACUCCUCCUCAAGCGAAGAUUCGGGCACCACCGACGAGGAAGACGAUGAGGAAGUGGACCAGGAGGCGGGAGAGGAGUCCACCUCAGGAGCUGAGGACUCCAGGGCUGGAUAUUCCCAUGGCUUCCGCAGGAGGCUGAGUAACGGCGAGACGGAGUCAGCUAAGACCAUGCUGGUUGAAGACUCGGAGAGCGACCAAGCCAUUACGCCCUCCAAGGAUGGCACGCUGGUCAUCAGACAGAGCACCGUUGACAUAAAGCGGUUGGUCAAUCUCUCCUCCUCCUCUCCCUCGGCUGGCCCUGGUAAUUUCCACGGCCAGCCUCAACCCCCCAGCCACGGCCUCGCAGAGAAAAACGGCUUUGCCGGCCGCAUUCACCACCUACCAGACCUUAUCCAGCAGAGCCAUCACUCCCCUUCCUCUUCCACAACCAUCCCUUCCUUCUCUUCCUCCUCCUCAUCAUCUUCCUCCUUCCCCUCAUCAUCAAGCUAUGCCAGUCCAGCCAUGUCCCCACAGAACCCCCUGGACAAGCUCAUUGCCAUAGAGUCCCAGUCAGAAAGCAACUCCAUGUCCAAACACAAGUCUUCAUCUUCCUUCACUCCCUUCAUCGACCCUCGUCUUCUCCAGGUCUCUCCAUCCAGCGGCAGCUCCCUCAACAACAUGGUAGCAUUUGGGCCGGACGGACGGCUUGCAGACCCGCUGAGGUCCGACCCGUCCCGUAAAGGCUCGGUGGUCAACGUCAACCCGGUCAACACUCGCCCGCCCAGCGACACGCCAGAGAUUCGCAAGUACAAGAAGAGGUUCAACUCUGAGAUCCUGUGUGCUGCACUGUGGGGAGUGAACCUGCUGGUGGGAACGGAGAGCGGUCUGAUGCUGCUGGACCGAAGCGGUCAGGGGAAGGUCUACCCUCUGAUCAACAGGCGACGCAUCCAGCAGAUGGACGUCCUGGAGGGACUCAAUGUCCUGGUCACCAUAUCAGGUAAAAAGAACAAGCUGCGAGUGUAUUACCUGUCGUGGCUGAGAAACAAGAUUUUGCACAACGACCCUGAGGUGGAGAAGAAGCAGGGUUGGGUCAAUGUGGGCGACCUGGAGGGUUGCGUCCACUACAAAGUCGUGAAAUAUGAGAGGAUUAAGUUCCUGGUGCUGGCCUUGAAGAACGCUGUGGAGGUGUACGCCUGGGCACCCAAACCCUACCACAAAUUCAUGGCGUUUAAGUCUUUUGGUGAUCUGGUGCACAAGCCUCUGCUGGUUGACCUGACGGUGGAGGAAGGCCAGAGGUUAAAGGUCAUCUAUGGCUCCUGUUCCGGCUUCCAUGCUGUGGAUGUGGACUCUGGUGCCGUCUACGACAUCUACCUGCCCACGCAUAUCCAGACCAGCAUUCAGUGCCAUGCUAUCAUCAUCUUGCCCAACACUGACGGGAUCGAGCUGCUGGUGUGUUACGAGGACGAGGGCGUCUACGUCAACACCUACGGGCGCAUCACCAAGGACGUGGUGCUGCAGUGGGGAGAAAUGCCAACUUCAGUGGCCUACAUUAGGUCAAACCAGAUCAUGGGCUGGGGUGAGAAGGCCAUAGAGAUCCGCUCAGUGGAGACAGGCCACCUGGAUGGCGUCUUCAUGCACAAGAGAGCCCAGAGACUCAAGUUCCUUUGUGAGAGGAAUGACAAGGUCUUCUUCGCCUCCGUGCGCGCCGGAGGUGCCAGCCAGGUGUAUUUCAUGACGCUGGGACGCUCUUCCCUCAUGAGCUGGUAGUCGACAUCCUACCACACCAGCCAACACGACGACCAUACCUAAGCAGUGACCAACAGAUGACGAUUGUGACUAUGACCAACGCCGAUGAAGAAGAGAACUGCCUUGAGCAUCUCGAUGGAGGGAACGGCUUCCUCUCGACCUGCUCGGGCAAACAAACAACGGAUAGGACUGUAAUCAUGAAAAGAAGCCAGGGACGGGUGUGUGUGUUUAGGGGCGAGGAGGUGCGUUCUGUCCGUGUCCACUGAGUGUACUAGUAAACUAUAUUACGACAACAGAAACCCCUGAUGAGCCUCUAGGUUUUUCUCACCCAACCUUUGAGCCGAUCCCCCUCCUCCUCUUCCUCUGCAGGACGUGGGAUCUGUUGCCUGUUGAUGGUAAAUCUUUAUGUGUCAUAGUAAAAACUUUGCAUCCUGUACGUGUGUGAAUGGCGAAAACACUGAGCAUGUGAAUGACUGAAGGGACGAUAAAGAGGCUAAACGCAGCUAUUACUGUAUCGCAGAAGGCAAAUACUUUAUGUGCCACACCUUGAGUGUAGCCGUUUGUAGCUGUGUCUAGUCCCGGUCCUGUUCAGGUGAAAUUAAUACCUAUUCCCACCACGGUAGAUUUCAACGUCAAGCAUGUCAUUUAACACUACUUCACCGCCACAUAAAUAAGGCUUGACAUGUAAAUCUGCCUCUCUUCACUUUUUUUGCCUUCUCCUUAAAGUGAAGAUUUUUUUAAGGGACCUUCUUGAUCUAUAUCCAUUAAAUACAGGGUACUGGAUAUCAGCUUGUACAUACUAACUACAUCAACCUUGUAGGCGUCAGACUCUCCCAGGUUUUACAGACACUAUCUCGUCUUUUACCACAUUGCCUCACGUACUGUAGGUUAUGUCGGACAGAAGUAGCCCUGUUUAUGACAGCAUGUUGCUUUGGUGUUAUCGACUAAAUUAGCUCCAGUUUUUCGUACACUGUAUAUUUUGUAUGUGAUUUGCUGCACAUAAAUAAAGCAUAACAAUGCAGGACACACCCAUAGAUGAGUUUUAAAGGAAAAAUCCACCCUAUUUAUCAUUGAGCUGUCAUUGUUGCAAUUUGCUUCUCCGAUCAACCGGCUUUCCCUUAAUCUGCUUUGUCUAUUGCAGUUGCACAUUUUCACAUCUAGUGGAAAUAUGAAAACUCUUCAACCAAAACCACAAAUGGACCCCGAAAUGUGAUAUGCAUUAACCAAAAGCUGUUUUUUAUUUUUUAAUUCAGGUGGAUUUUCCCUUUAACAUCAGUCAUAAGUAGGGCUAGGAUAAACUGUGAAUUAGACAUGCAGAAUUAGCAGGUGGUCAUUAAGGUAGCAUGGAGGCCAGUGGGCACAAGGGAAUAAAAGGCAGUGUGCAUCGAUCCAGAGGGCUGAGAAGAAGCUUUGAACAUCACACUCCACAAAAAGAGGACACAAUCAGGAUGAGCUGAUUGUCCUCCAUCUGCACGACGUUUGAAUCUCACAUUUACACUAUCCUCCAAAUUUAAAGGAGACUUUUUAGCUUAACGUUUAGCUAAACCGUUGCCUUAGUAGGGUCUCCGGCUGAUUUUAAAACUGCUCAAAAUCCUCUGCAGGUUUAAAAGUUAUAAGUGAAGAAGUUUGGAUUUUGUGUACUGUAGAAACACAAUGUUGGACCUCCUUUUGCCAUUCUGAGCUUCAGACAGGCAAUUAGUUUGUUUACUCAGUCCAGUCUGGAUUGAAGGAUCAUUAUUCCAUCCCAGAAUUGAAUUGGCGUCGUUUUUUUGUUUUUACAUUUCUUCCUCUCAUCCUUUAAAACCCGAAUGACAAGGCAAGACUUGUUUGUCACGUCAGACAUCAUGUUCAUUUUAGACAGUCUCAUUCCCCUGUUAAAAUGUAGAAUCAAUCCUGCAGCUGUGUGUAUGUAUAAAUGAGAAAACUAUAUAAUGGGAUUCAUGGAAUUUGCAAGGUCCUCUCCCCCCUCCCCACCCCCACUAAACUUAACUCUUUGACCCUGCUCUCAGUAAAGGUGGUGCCUUCACUGUCCAAGGUGGGACCUGCUGAGAGCUGCAGAACAUGGGAAUGAGAUGCUUUCACUGUCCUGAUCAUCUGUGAAAGGCAAAGAAAGUCACGUUCUAACAGCAGUGUUACAAAACCACUUCAGACGGCGUGAACUAAGCGGCAUAUUUUUAACUCUGACUUAGUUUUUAGUCUUGUUUCUGCUAUUUUUAUUAUGUAACCCUUCAGACAAGUAUGCGACUGCAGUGGUUUUUAAAUUGUAAUGCACACCUUAUGUUGAAAAUGUUUACAGAAGCAAUUGUUUUGUUAAACCAAUGUGCAUCGAUAUGAAUAUUUAUGGUUUAUUUUGAGGGCAGUUUUUCCCUUUUUUUUGUAUUUUGUAUUCCCUUUUUGUACUAUCAUUUAGACGUUUGUGUACAGGAAUAAUUAACUUUUGCUCCCGUUUACACAUGUCUAGAGUGUGAUUUCACAGAUUCCUCUACAUCCUGCUUAGUGCACAGUGUACCCCUGGCUGUGUGGCAGCAUGGAUCAAAUGUUUUCUACCACCCAGGUGACAUGUCCCCCCCCCCCUCAAACGUCUCUCUGCCAUGCCUCUCUAAUUUAUGUCCUCUCUGUGUGUACUAUGGGAAUUACUGUAUUUUCCUGAAGGUCUUUUUUCCAUUGAAUAAAAUCAGAAGUAAUUUACA